CCGUUCGCGUGGUUAUUCGCGAGAUCGCUCGCAAGGCCGCUCUCGAGAUCACUCGUGCGAUCGAGCGCAAUACCGCUCUCGGAAUUACUCGCGCGAUCGAGCGCGUAGCCGCUCGCGGGAUUGCUCGCAAAAUUGCUCCCGGAACCGUUCGCGAAACCAUUCGCGAGAUGGCUCGCGGAAUCGCUCGCGAACAGUUUCGCGAGAUCGCACUCGCCGUCGGCGACAUUCGUCGAGCGGUUCCGACUCGGAGAAUUUGCGGGACACGGUCAGGCGACUCAAGCAAGAGCUAAGAAACGUGACGUAUCGGCCCGUAAACGAUGAAUUUGUGAUUCCAAAAUUCGAUCCAUUGCGAGACAACGCAGAUGUCGAGCAGUGGGUGCGACAAGUGGACCGACUUGCCCACCGAUACCGAUGGACAGACGACAAUAUCUUACUGGUCGUCGCGCGGAAUCUGAAGGGUCAUGCACGUCGUGUGUACGACGAAGAAAUGGCCAACGACCAUACCUGGGGAUCGCUGAAAUCGGUGCUGAAACGGCGGUUCAAGAAACCGUUGUCGUUUGCUCGGUUGCUGCUGGAAGCCGCAACAUACACGGCGAGCCCCGGACAACGAUCGGGCGAUUACUGCUUCGAAAAACUAUCAAAGUUGCGAGCAUUGAAACUGAGAAUUCCAGACAGCUGCCUGGAGGAUGCGGUUAUUGGCGGGAUAGCGGACGAAAAUAUUGCCCGGACUAUUCGGUCGAAAAAAUACAACGACAUCGACGAGCUGUAUGCAGCUAUGCACGAGAUGGGGUCGAUGCCGCGAGCGACAGAACCGAAAAUUAUUCCACGGCCGGUGGCAUAUCAGCGUGGGCCUAUGAACAAGACCGUGCCGACGGCUUCUACGUCGACGGCGAAGCUGACGUCAUCCACGCCGGCGGAGGCUACCCAACGGCCAUCAAUUGUCUGCUUUAAUUGCGGGACGGUUGGUCACAUUUCGGUAAAGUCUCCUAAAACAGCGGUCAUCUGUAAAUCCUGCGACAAAAAGGGACACCUGGAUCGAUUUUGUUCCCGACCCAAACGCGUGAAUGCGACUCAGGAAAUUCGAGACAGCUCGCCUAAACAUUGGCGCAUGGACGACAGGGGGUGAUGCUGCGACGCCAGGCCCCGUCAUAAAUAACGUCGAAGGCCCUUCAAGAGCCUUCAUUUGACGGGGCUACGCAGAGACUUUCCCAGGCCAGGAAAGUCACUUCUUGGCCAGCUAUCGUCGU